UACUCAUUCUUUCAACCACGACAAAAUCAGAAAUUUCUUUUUCUUUUUACCAUUUGCUUUUCAAAAAUGGACAUCUUGUUUGUUCUCUCGGACGUCCUUCUUAAUGUGACGAAGAAGGAUUCAGUGAAAUAGUGAGUGUGAGCAGAUCGGAGAGGAAAAAAGAACAUGGAGGCUAAGGCCAGAGCUCCAGGGAAGAUUAUACUCUCCGGCGAGCACGCUGUGGUGCAUGGAUCCACUGCUGUUGCCGCUUCCAUUGACUUGUACACCUAUGUAUCUAUCCGUUUCCCCACUCCUUCCGACAACGACGAUAUGUUGAAACUUCAGCUCAAGGACAUGGGAUUAGAAUUUUUCUGGCCAAUUAGUAGAAUUGCAGAAGUACUACCGGAACCACGCAGUCAACCGUCUUCAGUGCCUGUUUCAUGCUCUGUGGAGUCUUCCAAAUCAAUUGCAGCUCUAGUCGAAGAACAAAAUAUUCCAGAGGCGAAAAUUGGACUUGCUUCCGGAAUUUCUGCCUUUCUCUGGCUGUAUUCAUCUAUUCAACGAUUUAAGCCUGCCACAGUGGUGGUCACUUCUGAACUUCCUCUGGGUUCAGGCUUGGGUUCAUCAGCGUCUUUCUGUGUGGCCCUGGCAGCAGCCCUGCUUGCUUGCACUGAUUCUGUGAGUUUGGAUGUGAAUAACCAAGGAUGGUUAUCAUUUGGAGAGAAGGAGCUUGAAUUGGUAAAUAAAUGGGCUUUUGAGGGCGAGAAGAUUAUUCAUGGGAAGCCGUCUGGGAUUGACAACACAGUAAGCACAUAUGGCAACAUGAUCAGCUUCAGAUCUGGCAACUUGACGCAUAUGAAGUCAAAUAUGCCGGUUAAAAUGCUCAUAACUAACACUAAAGUAGGGAGAAACACAAAGGCAUUGGUGGCUGGUGUUGCAGAGCGGACACUAAGGCACCCGGAUGCAAUGUCUUUUGUGUUCAGUGCUGUUGAUGCUAUCAGCAAAGAAUUGGCUCAGAUUAUUCAGUCACCCACACCAGAUGACCUCUCUGUCACGGAGAAAGAAGGGAAGAUAGAAGAGCUUAUGGAAAUGAAUGAAGGUUUGCUCCAAAGUAUGGGGGUUAGUCACGCUGCAAUAGAGACUGUUCUUCGGACAACCCUGAAGUACAAGCUGGCCUCCAAAUUAACAGGAGCUGGUGGUGGAGGCUGCGUUCUGACACUGCUGCCUACCUUGCUUUCAGGAACUGUUGUUGAGAAAGUAAUAUCUGAACUGGAGUCUUGCGGGUUCCAAUGUUUCACUGCCGGAAUAGGCGGGAAGGGUGUUGAGAUUUCCUUUGGGGUUCCAUCCUGAUUCUUUUUUCAUUUCCGGGGAGCGAUUUGACAUCAAUUACCGAUGGACCUUUCAAAUAAAUAGCAUGAAAAUAUAUGCUUCUUUUUGCCAUCAUGUGCCUCAACUUGUACCUCAUUAUUUUUUUCCUGUUUUCGUUCGCUACAGACUACAGGUUCUCCUUGCGACGACUUGUAUCCUUCCUAGUGCUUUUGUUACAAUCUUACAAGCAGUUAGUCGAUA